AGAUAAACGUACAAACACGUUUGCACAGAAUGACGACUAUGGAUUCCUUCUUAACACUGGCAAACUGACUAUUUUUUUAAGACAGAUUUAAUUGUUCUAUCAUUUUUUCAAAUAAAUUAUAAUUAUAAAUGUUCAUAUUUUUUACAGGACAAUGAAGAUGUCAGGAAUAGUCACAUGGUGCUGUGUCGCUCUCUUCUUUGCUCUGACUUCUGUGUCGGCAGUACAAAGGCUGCAUUCAAUCAAUGAUUUGCUGAGAAUCAACUUUGGCCAAUCGCUGCCCAAGCACAUUGUUUUGCUGCUCUACUGGUUUGCUAAAGAAGUUGACAUUGACAAUCACAAUGUCAUAAGACUUAACUUUGACCCAAACAGUAGAGCUUAUGGCUCACAUCAUUAUGGCAACCAUGAGGGGCUGUUGGACCCACUGCCUCGGGGACAUGGAUACACGUACUUCACUGUUGGCAGCCUCUAUCAAAAAAAGUCCAUGCAACUUCCAAAUUAUGUUGUUUAUCCCAGAACAGAGUACAAGGGAAAUACCAGCGACAGGAUCAUAUUCCGUGUCAGGGAUCAGAUAAUAGACCAAGUGUAUAUCACACAGCAUAUUGAAGAUCAGGCAGAAUAUGAUCGAGCUCACACCUACCAGAUAACUACCUACCUCCUGAGACAGAUCAGAGAGUUUACUGUGAGACAAAACCACCAAUCACUGACCCAACUCAGAAACCACCUUGGAAGCAACGCUGAUGUUUCCAACAUCAUAAGAACUUGGGGUAACCUUGCUGGCCUUGGACUGCUGCUGUUUAUUGUGAUCCAGGAGGGACAAUCAUUUUAUCAACACUACACACCACAAGGCUACUACAGACCAGAAUACGACUACAGACCGGAAAACAGCAACAAUUUUUGGGGUAUAUGUGUACGGGUAAUUGGCUGUAUUCUUUUGGUUUUGGUAGUUGUGGUGGGCUUUCUUAUUCUUUUAAGUGAGGCAAAUAGAUUACAAAAGGGAAGAUGAGGGAGAUGAUAUAGUCUAAAUCAAGGUGUGGGGGUGUUUUUCAAAAGAUAUUUGGGAAUAUAAAGUCAGCAAAACUCCCAAAAGAAUAAUCAGACAGUAACACCACCUCAGGAAGAUGGCCAGGGUUGUUCUGUUGUAGGCUUUGUUUACCUUUAUGUGUUUAAUUUAGCUGGUAGUAUAUUGUGUUUUAAGUAAAUGGUGUUCCGUUCAGAUUGUGUUGUAGUCUUGGUAUGACAUGCAAAUAACUGUUAAAAAAAAAAAAUCUAAUUAUGGAUGAGCACAAAAUCAAAAUCGUAGGAGGCUGAUUCAUUAUAUUAUUGUUCAAUUGUAAAAAGUUGGGACAUAUGUAAUCAAAUUCAGAAUUAAUGUAUAUAUGCCAAAAUUUGAUGUCUUGUCUCUGUGUUGUCUCAUUCAAUUUAAUAUCUCAAAGGAUUUGUGAAUCAUUGCAUUAUUUUUCCUCUUUUUUACAGUCCCAAUUUUAUAGCUCUAUUUUUCUAAAUUGUAUUGUAACUAAACUAAAUGUUUUUUGUUGAAUCUUUUAAUGCACUGUUCUGGCAUGGUCAUAAAUCUUCGGGUAUCCUUCAGGUCAUGUUCCAGCAUGUCUAAUGUAAUAGUUAUGAGAUGAAGUGAAUGUAAAAUUGCACUGAUAGAUAAAUGACACGGAUAAGUAAAAGGCUCUUUGGUUUAGGACAGAUAACAGAAUGAUGAGGUGUUUUCUGAUAAUGUAUUAGCUUUAAUUCAGUGUUUUUCAUUCAUGGUUUUGUAUUUCUGCAGUUUUGUGUGUUUAUUAAACUGGAGUUUUUCA